AUGGUUGAAUUAAGUUGUCAAAUGAGGCGUCCGAUUAGUUGGAAUUUUAACGAUAUUUGUUAUGCUUCUUCGAUAUCGUCUUCAGACAACUUUGAUCGAUUAAAUACCGAUUUAACACUUAAUAAUCUAUUUGGAUACACUAAACAAACACCCAUGACAUAUAAAGAUUUACGAAUGUUUAUCACCAAUAAAUUUCCAUCCAAUACCAUGAUAUUACCAUCUUAUUCGGUUAAAAAGCGUCGACCAAGUUCACGCACAAGUAAUAAUUCAACAUUGUUAAAAGAUAACGACGACUUAAGACAAUUAGAUAAUAUGAAAAAUUUGAAUGAACGUAAAAAAUCCAACGAAGUUUAUCAUAAAAUAUUGUCACGUCGUCCAAAUUCAAGUUUGUUAUGUUCGGAUACUCGAUAUUUAGUUGUAUCAUCGAGUGCACAGAAUGACGAUUUGGUCAAUCAUCAAUUUUAUAAUUUCUAUUCUAGUCCAAUCAAAAAACCAGUGAACAACAUCUAUACACCCAUUAUAAUAACCGCUAAACCAUCGUCAAAGAUAAACAUUCGCCAAACACAAUCACCAUUGCUUUCACCUGAAUUAAAAUUACCACGUAUUACUGAUGACACGAAUGCACCAUUAAAAAUAAAAUACUCGAAAAGACCCUGCAGUAGAGAUAAUGUUCAAUUAUUGUAUUCACCAACGUCUAAUGAAGCGCCUACGCUAAGAUUAAAAACACCACAAAACUACUCAAGAGAACAAAGCAGUAAGGAAAAAAAGCAAUCUAAUAGUACAUUCGACCUUUCACAUCCUAAGACAUCUGUGGGAAUUGAUGAGAAUAAACGAAUAAAAAUCAUAUGUGAGUCGACACAGAUUACAUCAUCACAGCUACCAGAUGGUAGAAAAAUCAAACUUCUUGAUGUUUAUAUGCCGAAAAUUAGUUUUUAA